CCCAUAGAGAAAGCAAUGGCUUCAUUUAAAAUCUUUCAAUCUUUGUUAGCUCUCGUCUUCAUGAUAAUUUCUUCAGCUUUCUUAGGCACUUCCAUAAGAUUGCAAAUCGCCGGAAAAGAUGGAAUCCGGAACUUGAUCUCUGCUACAUGCAAUCACACCCUUUACUUCGAAAUGUGUGUGUCUGCCUUGAGAUCUGAUCCUCGGAGCCAAACAUCAGAUCUCGUAGGACUUGCCAAUAUUGCACUAAACAUUAGCAUAGCCCAUGGAAGUGAGACUCUAGCCUUCCUUAAGGUCUUGAAGUCUAAUGCUGGUAAUGACACCCAACUCUCUGGUAUCUUGAGUGAAUGCACAGAAGAAUACAUCGAGGGAACUGAAAAUCUUGAAGAGGCAAUUCAUGCACUAAGGAUUAGAUCCUUUGAUGACAUGAACACAUUGGUCAGCACGGCAAUGACGGAUUCGGAUACUUGCGAGCAGGGUUUCAAGGAGAUGAACAGAAGUUCUCCGUUGACAGAUAAAAACGAGUCUUUUAGCAAGCUGUGUAGUAUAUUUCUCUCUAUUACCACUCUUCUAAGUUAAUAAUUUUGCACUUCUUAUAAGACCAUUAGAGAAGUUAUUUUCUAGAAAAAGAAAUUAUUACUGAAGUUUAUGUUCGAAAAGUUAUUUCAAUAAAGUAAUGGAAAAUCGUCAUAGGCAAUUCAUUUGUUUGUCUUCAAGAUGUUAAUUUCUAGUGU